CAGCAGGAAGUUCACUCCUGUUCUCCCUUCCGGGUUAAAUCUCCUGGAACAGCUGAAGUUGUUUUGGAGGAGCGAUGGCCGAGGAUCCUGCUCUGUCUAUCCGGGUCUCGGAGAUCAGGGACCCGGCGGCUCUCUUCGAGCGGUACAACACCGCGGAGAUCCGCCGGGUCGAGCACAAGGUCCGCGGGGAGAUCGAGCAGAAGAAGGAGGAGCUGAGGCAGAUGGUCGGUGAGCGCUACCGGGACCUGAUCGACGCCGCCGACACCAUCGGAGAGAUGAGGCAGUGCUCGGAGAGCGUAGUCCUGUCCAUCCAGGACAUGCACCAGUACUGCCACAAGCUGAAGCAAGGCAGAGCCAGCGUGACCAGCUCCAGACAGGAGAGCCAGAUGCAGUGGCAGGAGAAGUUCUACACCAUGGCCUCUCAGAUCAAGCUCCUCCUGGAGAUCCCAGAGCGCAUCUGGAGCGCCAUGGAGGCGUCCCAGUACCUCCAGGCCACCCAGCUCUACCUGCUGUGUUGCCACCUGCACAGUCUGCUGCACCUGGAGGCCGCUACGGGGGGCCAUUACAGCCCCGUCCUGGCCCGCUUCCCCAUUCUGAUCCGGCAGGUAGCCACCACCGGUCACUUCAGGUCCGUCAUUCUCCUGGACAGCAGGUCUCUGCUGCGGGGCCGCGCGGUGUCCGACCAGGCCAUCGCUGAGGCCCUGGUGUCCACCAUGCUGCUGGAGGACAGCUCACCACGCCAGGCCCUGGCUGACUUCUUACUAGCCCGGAAGGCCUCCAUCCAUCAGCUGCUCAACCAACCACAGCAUGGUGCAGGGAUUAAGGCCCAGGUGUGCAGCCUGGUGGAGCUGCUGGUCACCACUCUGUUCCAGGCGUACGCUGUCUUCUACCUGCCCCCAGAGGGAAGCCCCAGGCCGGUGGAGGGAGCCCUGAGCUGUGGCAUGCUCUUUUCUAUCCUGGAGAAUGUCACCUCCACCACAUAUCUAGCUAAAGACAGGAGGGUGUUGCAGGAAGAGACGAGUACAGGCAGCUGGUUCAAGUACCUGCCUCCUUCCAUCACUGAGUUCCAGCCCGCCCUUCGCACCCUGGCUCAGCCAAUCCAGAGAGAGCAGCUCCGGGACACCCUGCAGCAGUGGAUCGACACCUGUAAGGAGGAUAUUUGCCGUGGCGUUGGCAGCCUUCUGGUCUAUGUGAAGAGCCUGAAGGGGUUGGCAGCCAUUAGAGACGCCGUGUGGGACCUCCUGUCCACCGAGUCCAUCAGUCAGCACUGGAGCGCAGUGUGUCAGCGGCUGCUGGAGCAGCCCCUGGCUGUCUGGGAUGACUUCCUGCAGCAGCUCUUCCUUAAACGCCUGCAGGCCAUCACCAAAGAAGAAACUGAAGCCAUCUCAACGAGCUCCGUCCAGCUCCUCACCUCAGCUGUGAGGGAUCUUGAGAGCCAGACCAUUCAUACUUCUUCAGGUACCAACACCGGCUCGGGCCGCGGGGCCCAGUAUGAGGUAGACGUGGCAUCCUACCUGUGGUCGGAGUCUCCGGGAGACCUGCUGAGCGACGCGGGGUGGGUCAGCGUGAGCCAGCGGGGGCAGCAGCACCAAAGAAGUAGCCUGGCCAUGAAGACCCAGGCCCUGACGCCCUGCGUUCAAAACUUCUGCUCUUCCCUGGAUGCUAAGCUAAAGGCCAGGCUGGAUGACCUGCAGUACUACCUUCCCUCCCAAGACAAAGGGUCCGACUCCAUCUCAGUCACUUCCUCUGGUCCCAAAGAGAGUUCGUCAGCAUCCUCUUUCAACCGCUUCACGGACUCGCCGGCAGUGGAGGAGGCUUUACGCGAAGGCUGCGUGGCCUGCGUCCGCCACAUCCUGUCCUCCAUCCGCUCCGAACUGGCCGCGGCCUCGCCUGAACCCAGCCCCGCCUGCCUCAGUUCGGUCCUUUUCAUGGCCAGACUGUGCCAGUCCAUGGGCGAACUCUGCCCCAACCUGAAGCAUUGCAUCCUGGGAAAGCAGAGGGGGUCUGAGGCCACAGCGAAGCUGACCCCCAGACAGGGCAAGAAGCUGGGCAAAGCCAGGGCCGCCACGGAGGUCAGCCCCGCCCAGGCCAAGUGGGCGGGUCUAAAGGAGGAGCUUCUGGUUUGCAGCAUGGAGGCCUACCGCAUCUGGAGCUCCGCCCUCUCCAAAGUCCUGCUGGAUAAGUUUGGCACGGCGCUGCAUGCUGAGUCUGCUGGUGCCAUCCUAACAACGGCAACAAACUGGGAGGAUCUGGAGAUCCAAGAAGAAGCAGAGUCGGGGAGCAGCGUCACAUCCAAAAUCCGUCUUCCAGUCCAGCCGUCUUGGUUCGUGCAAUCGCUGCUCUUCCAGCUGUGUGUGGAGGUGAACAGAGUGGGGGGCCACGCCCUGCCCCGGCCCACCCUGCAGGAGCUGCUGCAGGCCUGUCUGGCUCAGGCCCUGCACCACUACCACAGCCUCACACAGCAGGACCUCAGCAGGGAGGGGGUGUUUCCAAUGACUCAGAACCGAGCCCUGCAGCUGUUGUUUGACCUCCGAUACCUCAACACCACGCUGGGCAGCAAAGCAGAGGAGGGCAAGAGCUCCCGAUCCCACCAAGACCCCAGAUUCCACGAAGUCUGUGAUUGGCUGGAGGGCUACAUCGACCCGUUUGACCUGGACGUGUUCACACCUCCGCUCAACACCAACCUCAACCGCCUGUCCCAGAGGACCUCGGUGCUGCUGGGGCUGCUGACCGGCUCGGAGAAGCAGUUUGCUCUGCGGAGCAGCAGUGUGAACUCCCAGGAGCCUUACAACAUCCUGCCACUGGCCAGCAGCCAGAUCAGGUUCGGUUUGCUGCCUCUCAGCAUGUCCAAUGUGCGUAAACCCAAGUCAGCCACCACCAGGAGCUCUGAUGCUCCUCACCAGUUGAUGACCAACAAGAAAAUCCACCAGAACCUCAUCAAACCUGACGUGGUCUCCUUCCUCCAGCAGGCACCUCCAUCCUCCUCUUCCUCCUCCUCCUCCGCAGCCCGCGAGGACAGCUUCCGGCCCGGCAGCCUGUUCAGACAGCUGGCCGAUCAGGACGAAGACACAGCUGCUCCUUCUUUAUUCAAACUCAGCUGGCUGUCUGGCAUGGCCAAAUAACCCUCUACCGCUCCACACUUUGCAGAAACUUUGUAAAAAAAAUAACAUGUACAGUAAAUAUAAUUUUGUCUUUCGAGAAAUA